AUGGCUGUCAGAUAUAGGCCACUGUUGCUCCUUCUGGCAGUUCCAAUUAUCAUUUCCGUCAGUGGCGGCCUGGAUUCAGUCGCUCUACUUCGCUUGGUUCAUCGAAUUGCCUCCAGGCACCCGUGGCGGCUGCAUGUACUUCACUUUAACCAUGGCUUGAGACCUGAAGCUGUGACAGAGGAAGCCUUUGUUCAGGAGCUGAGCAAGUCUUUGGAGCUGCCGUUCUUCGUACGUUAUGGAGACCCGCAACGUUUGAAAACUUCUAAGUUGGGGCUGCAAGCAGCUGCGCGAGACUGGCGACAAGGAGAAUCCAAAGCAUUACUUUCUGCUUUGGAAAAGGAUGAGGAUGGCGUGGUUUUGCUCGCACACCAUGCAGAUGAUCAGGUGGAAACGCAACUGUUGAAGCUUCUGCGUGGUGGACACUUGGCCCGGCUGGGUGGCAUGCGUGCCCGAGAAGGACCCUUUGCAAGGCCUCUGCUCAGCACUCGGAAGGACGAGCUGAAAGCUUUCCUGUGCGAAGAAAACCAGUCGUGGAUGGAAGACGCUUCCAAUGCUCAGCCAGUCUACCAGCGGAAUCGUGUGCGCUUGGAGCUGGUGCCAAUGCUUGUGGAUCUCUUGGGUGGAAAAGAUGCAUUGCACAAUCGGUUUCAGGAAAUUGCCCAGCAAAGUGGACAGCUUUCCUCUCUUUUGGAGGAGUUGUGUGAGCAGAACCAUGGUCCAGAAUACUCAUCGAAUGCCAAACAGGGCACGAAACAUGCUCCAGGGUACGAAGUCCCAUUGGCUUUCUGUCUAGACGUGUCAUCCUUCCAGGAUCUUCCGGAGAUGGUCCAAUAUGAAUUCGUUUGGCGUUUUGUGUCAAACGCAUGCGGUGCUAUGCUGAGCCAUUCAGCUGUCGGGAGUAUUGUGCGAAGUAUUCUGAGCGACCAGAGAGCAGUGCCCUUUACUUGGCUUUUAGGCCUGCACCCGCGGACUCUUCGAGCCUACCGAACUGCUUUGGAUCGAUUCCUCAAACACGUUCAACGCAAGCGGCUUAGCAUUUCCAAGCCCUGGAAGUUGGACCAGCAGGUUGCUGAAUUCAUUGAUCUUUCUUACCAAGAGGGAGAGCCAAUGAGCUACUCGGGUCACCUCUUGUCGGCACUGAAGCGGUUUCACCCAGCCUUGCGUCUGGAGUUGCCGGUUGCAAGUCAGUACUUUCGAAACUGGCAGCGCUGCUAUGUUCCUUCACGGGCGCUGCCGGCUCAUUGGGAGCUAGUGGAGGCCAUGAUGGGCUUGGCUCAUGCGCAAGGGUUUCAUGAAUUUGCGCUGCUGCUCGCCCUUGGCUUCAACGCCAUGCUGAGGACGAGUGAGAUGCUCUCGCUGACUCACCAGCACUUGGUCCCCCAUCGUCAUGGCAAGGGCAUGAGCCUCAUCAUCCCGGGCAGCAAGACGUCGCAAGGCAAUCCACAAGUCCUGUUGGUGCUGGAUGCUGAGUUGAUUGGUUAUGCCACUUCACUGCGUCGUCCGGGCGAGAGGUCUUUGUUGUGGCCUGGCGGGGCGCAUCGGUUUCGCCAACUGUUCGCCGCGCUACUUCGGCGCCUGGGCUUUGCUGAAGACGACUACACCCCGUACAGUUUGCGCAGAGGAGGGGCUACAUGGUUCUUUCAGUCCUCCUUGAGUCUGGAUGCCACUGUGGCCCGUGGUCGUUGGUCUUGCAACAAGACCGCAAAGCAGUACAUCGAUGAGGGCACUUUUCAGCUGGCCCAAGUCUCCUUUACCCCUGUGCAGCGUUCCAGGAUUCGGACAUGGCGUUUGAAUUUUCUGCGGCUGCGCCAGGGAGGCAGGAAGCGGAAAGCGUGA